AACUUCCUUUCGAGCUUUUCGUUUAACUAACUACAUUCAAAUUUAUACUUCGACGUCAAAUGAGUGAUACUUUUUUUUUUUAUUUAUGAAAUAUUUGAAGUAACAAGUUAAUUGUAACUUUCUAUAUUAUCGUAAAAAUGGUAUAUAUUUUUCUUAUGCGAAUUGAAGUUUGAUUAAAAAAUUAUUGGAAAUCGCAAACUACUUCGCAGUACAGUUAAUUGAGAAAUAUACAAUUGUGUCUUAAAAUAAUUUUUUUCAUUUCUUUUUCUACCAUAAAAGAUCAGGAUAAUUAUUUUUAAAGUUAAUUAUGCGUUACAAUCAAAUUAGAGUUUUUUUAUUUGAUUAUCUUAUGAUUUUACUCCUCUCAGUAUUAUUGAUCUCAGGAAACGAGGGUACAUAUAUCGGAAGAUUUAUGAACUAAUAAUUAACAAUGCUAAUUAAUACAAAUGAUUUGAUGAUCAUAUCCUUUUUUAUAUUUUUUAGUACAUGAUACCGAAGAAGUAGAUUUAUCCAAAUGUAAACUUACACAGCUCGGAACAGAAUAUCGAGGUUCAAAAAUGGUAACCAGUAGUAAUGUUCGUUGUCAAUAUUGGCAGACAGAUCAGCCACUUCACAAGAUUUCCCAGAAAAAUCAAUGAAAGCUGCGAAAAAUUAUUGUCGAAAUCCCACUAAAGAUCCUCGAGGUCCUUGGUGUUAUACGUUAGAUCCUACUCUUAUAGACGAUGAAUGUGAUAUACCACUUUGUAAUUUUGGUGAUUGCAGAAUUUCUGGUACAGGGGCUGAAUAUGCCGGAGAUCGUAAAAUUAGUUCUUCGGGUAAAAAAUGUACAUCAUGGGCAGGAAAACAUAAAGUUUCUAAUAAUAAGAGUCCAGCAUUUGCUAAAAAAAACUUUCCAGAUGCAUCAUUGAAAAAAGCUAAUCGUUUUUGUAGAAAUCCUGAUGAUAAUAUUGGCGGUCCAUGGUGUUACGUACAUGAUGAAACUUAUGAAACAAUUGAAAAAGAAUAUUGUGAUAUUCCAUUUUGCGAUGACAGAGACUGUUUAGUAUAUGUCAGAAAUACAUCAAGAUAUUCUACUUUGACAACUUUAAACUCUACCAUUGCUAGUAUUAAAUUUUGGAUUAAAUUAUGGAAUCCAAAUGAUGAAUAUAAUGGAGAAUUUAAGAUUUUAUUAAGUCUUCUUCCAAUUCCUACAUUUGCAAGUAAAAUUGCUGAAGAUUGGCAUGUAGGAGUUGAGUUAAUGUUUUCAAAUCUUGGUUCUGGUCAAACAUAUCCUGAUACUGAUAUGGAUGAUUAUGAAAAUACACCAAGUAUUUUACUCGGUUCAAAAUGGACUGGUAUAUGGCUUACAUGGGCAGGAGGUUUCAUAUCAAUGGGAAUGUAUGGUACAUCUAAACCGUUCUUUGUUGGGGAGUAUAAAAAAAAAGAUACUAUCUCAGGACUCUAUUACGAUUUUUUGUCAUAUUAUGGGAUCAUGGGUACAAACGUCCUAUGGAGUACAGAGUUCUGUCAGAGUGAUUGUGAAACUCAUGUAACCGUUGGAACAGAAUUCACAAAUGUUUGGCCAAUGCAAAAAUCUAAUAAUACUUAUGAUAUUCAUUUUUAUGUGCGGGCAAAUCGCCAUAUUGCUAUACAAAUGUAUCAAAACCCUAUUAAUAUUUAUCCAUGUUUUACUAUAAUCAUUGAUAAUGUUACAUCAUUAAUAUAUCAACAAAGCAAAUUUUCAAUGAAGCAAUAUUUGAAACAAGUUUCGAGUAAAGGAUUAUUAAAUUUCUGGAUGUGGAAAAAAUUUACUAUUAGUAUUUUAGGUCCGCAUUUACGGCUAUUUUAUGAACAAACAUAUGGCGAUGAAGAAUUCUUAUAUGUACAUUAUGAUCUUUUUGAUACAUUGAGAUGGUUCAGUAUAGGAACUGAAUAUAAUGUAGCUUAUUGGACACUUUUUUGUAUACCAGAUGCAGAAACACAUGCGAUAGAAGAUCCAUGGCCACCUAAUUGUAUAUCUGAUCUUAUGGAUUAUGCUUAUAAAGGUGAUCAAUGGUUCAGUGUAAAUGAGAUACCUUGUAUACCAUGGAUUUCAAAAGAAGUAUGGAAUAUAUAUACUAUUUAUAUACCGGAAGAAGACAAAAUUGAUAGUAAGUUUAUCGACGGCUCUGCUUUAAGAGCACUUAAUAAAUGCAGGAAUCCCGGUCAUAGUCCAGAGGGUCCUUAUUGUUAUAUAAUGACUGAUCGAAAUACUUUAAGUAUAUCAAAGCAAUAUUGUCCAGUACGAAAAUGUCAAUCUUCAGAAUGUAAAAUGGCUGGUACAGCAAAUGAUUAUAUAGGAACUUUAUCAACAACACGUUCAGGUAGAACUUGUGCUAAAUGGAUAGCUGAUUACGAGCUUGUAGAAACGAAAGUAUAUGCACCUGAGACUACUACACAAGGACAUCUUAUGGAAUUACCAAGACGUUAUGUGACACAAGAAGAGUUACCUUUGAGAAUAUCCCCGCAAAAAAAACCAACGCUUAUCCAUGUUUUAAGACCAAAAGAUUCAAUUAAUCGAACAUUGUUCAAUGACAGUUUAUAUGCAGAACAUAGUGCAAAAAAUGCUAGUAAUUAUUGUAGAAAUCCAUCUCGUAAUAUCGCUGGCACAUGGUGUUAUACAACAGAUCCUCUUGUACCACAAGAUCUUUGUGAUGUCAGAGAUUGCGAAAUGUUAGAAGAAUGUAUAUUCCUUGUUCAUGGACAUGGUAUUGGUAGACGUUUAUAUGUUUUUCCUGAAUAUCGUUCUGAGGGUCUACAUUUUUCUCUGAAAGCUUGGGAACCUGAUCAAUUAGAUUCCAUAACAAUUGUUUUCACUGCAGAUGAUGGUUUUAAAUCACGAUAUAUUCUUAAAAUUGGUGCUUUGGAUAAUGAAAAAAUACUAUUAUAUUAUCAGUCUGAAAGCCAAGCUAUUAACUUAGUUAAGAAGAAAACAUUGCCACAUUUAUUGUAUUUUGGAAAAUGGAGCAAUUUUGUUAUUCGUAUACCACGAGGAAGUAUUUUGCUUUAUUAUGAAGGAUCAUCAAAUCCUUUAUUUGAAUGGAAGCAUCCAGAACCAUCACAAGUAUUUUUACCUGUUUAUUAUUAUUAUAAUAGUGAACAAAAACAUGCUGUAGGCGUUGCCUUUGAUUGCAAUUCCAGAUGUCAAAUAGAAAAGACAGAAACUAACGAACAUACAAGAAUAUUGCCAUUUUCAAUAUGGAAUAAAAAAAAAAUGUCAAAUAUUAAUACAUUAACACUUAUGAUACGUGCUAAAGGUGUUGUUACACUUCCAUUAUUUUUAUUUCCUGCAACACUUAGCUAUUACUCCUUAUCUCUCUUUGAAUCUGGACCAUGGAUAUUCUUUCAAGAGAAUAAUUAUCCCAUUGUCAAAAUAUUUCAUAAGCAAUUAAUUUCAAAUCCAUUAUUUACAACAAAUUCAUGGACAAAUAUAACUAUAAGAUGGUUAAAAAAUAUUAUUGAAUUAUUGUGUAAUGAUACAUUGAUAUUUCAUUAUGAACAUAGCAGCCCUCUGCUGUUUUAUUUUUUUUCACUCACUGUUAAUAAUAAUGGAUGGGCUAUUUGGUCUGCAAAUUGCGUACCAACUGAUAUAGAUGGACCUGCUAUUGAUGGUGGCUGGUCUGAAUGGGGUCCGUGGGCAUGUAGUGCUAGUUGCAAUGGCGGUGUUGGAACAAGAACACGUUUAUGCAAUUCUCCAGAACCUAAUAUUAGAGGAGAACCAUGUAUUGGUCCUAAUAGUAUGACAGGGCGUUGCAAUUUGAUUAAAUGUGGAGAUUUAACAGAAGAUACAAUUAUUUUAAUACAAAGAAGAAUUAAAAGAAAUCAUACUUCUUUAAUUAUUAAAGAAUAUGGAACUGUUGUAAUUCUAUCAGAUCAUGAUAUUAUUCAAUUAAUAUCAAAUACAUCUGUAGAUCUUGAGAUACAAUGGUCGCAUAAUGGAAUUUUUAUUAAGGAAAAUAAUAGAAUUAAGAUAAAAGACUUUAAUGUUGGUAUGUUCACUUUUUGUAGAAUCUAUAGUGUUGGUAGAUGGAAGCAUUAUGAAUAUAUUGUUUCAGUAAUAAACAGAGCUCUACUGAUUGAUUCUGGUAUUUAUACAAUCACUUUACGUAGAGUUGAUCAGUCAUAUCUAAUAUUGAAAGUUGUUGCUUUAGCCGUUAUACCAAAUACAGAAAGUAUUACUAUACGUGAAACUUUACCUUUAUCUGUAAUUUGUAAUUGUCUUAUUUUGGGUUAUGUAUAUUCUGAUCUCAAGAUAUCUUGGGAAAUAAAUGAAAAUAUUUGGAAAGAUUAUGGUAUUACAUUACCUAUUGCUGUAAAUAUCGAUUAUGUCAAAGCAAUAAAUAAGUCACACGAAGGAAUGUGGAAAUGCAUUGUAGAGCAGACUGAUUUAAAUUUUAAAUGGAUAACUAAUAUAAUUGUUGUUAAAGUUAUUGGUUCACCAAAUUGGCGUACUUACUUAAUGGAAGAUAAAUUGACCAGUCCUAUAUUUGGUUGGAUGCCCAGUGAAAAGUUUGUUGCAGUUUCUGCAUUAAUAAUCUUUUUAGUAUUAAUUGGUUGUAUAAUCAUAGGCUCAAUUUUUUUAAUAAGGCUUCAAGAAAGUCGAAAGAUAAAAGUUCAAACUUCAAAACAAAAGAAAAAUAAACAAUGAAAAUAAAAACAAAUAAUAAAUACAAACAAUCAAUAGAUCCCAACUAAGAAUAAUC